AAACAAAGCCAGCAAACAGCUGGAGCGUCUCUGGACACUCACAUUAAAACUUGUGAAGAGUUAAAAGCCCCAGGGAAGAACCCGGCCAAGGGCACGGGUCAGCGCCGGCUUAAAAGAGUCUCUCAGCGCACGCGGCGUUUGCUCGGGGCACCCACCUGAAGCUGCGCAGCGCGGGCCUGGGCUUCCGGCGCGCGCUACAUACAACCGCGCCGCGGGCGCCUGAGAGGCGCGCGGUUACUGCGCUCUGGCGCGGCCUCUUUUGGAGAGUUGGGGUGGUUUCCAGGGUCCGGAGUGUCCCCUGACCCCGGGAAAGCUGAAACAAAAGUGAAAAUCUUCACUAACAAAAUGAAGAUCCUGCUAAUUAUAUUUGUCCUAAUCAUUUGGACUGAAACAUUGGCAGACCAGAGCCCAGGGCCAGGCCCUGAGUAUGCAGAUGUUGUGUUUCUGGUGGACAGCUCCGAUCACCUGGGACCUAAGUCGUUCCCAUUUGUCAAAACGUUCAUCAGCAAAAUGAUCAACAGUCUCCCCAUGGAGACCAACAAAUACCGUGUAGCCCUGGCCCAGUACAGCGAUGAGUUUCACAGUGAAUUCCAUCUGAACACCUUUAAAGGCAGGAGCCCCAUGCUGAACCACCUCAAGAUGAACUUUCAGUUCAUUGGCGGGUCCCUGCAGAUAGGAAAGGCUCUUCAGGAGGCUCACAGGACCUAUUUCUCUGCACCCACAAAUGGGAGAGACAGGAAACAAUUUCCCCCAAUUUUGGUGGUCCUGGCUUCGGCUGAGUCUGAGGAUGAAGUGGAAGAGGCUUCAAAAGCCCUGCAGAAAGACGGGGUGAAAAUUAUCUCCGUGGGGGUGCAGAAAGCUUCUGAGGAAAAUCUGAAGGCCAUGGCCACGUCCCAUUUCCAUUUCAACCUUCGGACAAUCAGAGACCUCAGCACAUUUUCCCAAAACAUGACACAGAUCAUCAAGGAUGUAACCAAGUACAAGGAGGGAACCAUCGAUGCUGAUAUGCAAGUUCCCUUCCCCAUAUCCUGUCAGAAAGACUCACUUGCUGACCUCGUGUUCCUGGUGGAUGAGUCACUUGGGACCAGAGGAAAUUUAAGGCAUCUUCAGACCUUCCUGGAGAACAUUACCAGCUCCAUGGAUGUGAAGGAAAAUUGCAUGCGACUUGGACUGAUAAGUUACAGCAGUAGUGCCAAGACUAUUUCUUUUCUUAAAUCAAGCACAACCCAAUCUGAAUUUAAGCAGCAAAUCAAGAAUCUUUCCAUCCAAGUUGGGAAAUCCAAUACAGGGGCUGCCAUUGAGCACAUGAGAAGAGACGGCUUCUCAAAGUCAUAUGGCAGCAGAAGAGCACAGGGAGUGCCUCAGAUUGCAGUCCUGGUCACCCACAGACCAUCAGAUGAUAAGGUGCAUGAUGCUGCACUGAACCUUCGGCUGGAAGAUGUUACAAUGUUUGCCUUGAGCAUCCAAGGGGCUAACAAUACCCAGUUAGAAGAAAUAGUGUCUUACCCUCCAGAACAGACAAUUUCCAUGCUGAAGUCCUAUGCAGACUUAGAAACUUAUAGUACAAAGUUCCUGAAAAAACUCCAGAAUGAAAUAUGGUCCCAAAUUUCUACUUAUGCUGAACAAAGGAAUCUUGAUAAAACUGGCUGUGUGGAUACCAAAGAGGCUGAUAUCCAUUUCCUCAUUGAUGGCUCAAGCAGCAUCCAGGAGAAAGAGUUUGAGCAAAUCAAGAGAUUUAUGUUGGAAGUGACAGAGAUGUUUAGCAUUGGCCCAGACAAAGUCCGAGUUGGAGUUGUGCAGUAUUCAGAUAAUACAGAAGUAGAAUUUUAUAUCAGUGACUAUUCUAAUGACAUUGGCUUAAGAAAGGCUAUUUUUAACAUUAAGCAACUAACUGGCAGAACUUAUACUGGGAAAGCUCUGGAUUACAUACUACAAAUAAUAAAAAAUGGAAGUAAGGAUAGAAUGAGCAAGGUUCCCUGUUACCUCAUUGUGUUGACUGAUGGGAUGUCCAUGGACAGAGUCGUGGAACCUGCUAAGAGACUAAGGGCUGAGCAAAUCACCAUUCACGCAGUUGGCAUUGGGGCAGCUAAUAAAAUAGAACUGCAAGAAAUUGCUGGGAAAGAAGAAAGGGUUAGCUUUGGGCAGAACUUUGAUGCUUUGAAAAGCAUAAAAAAUGAAGUUGUUCGUGAAAUCUGCACUGAAAAAGGAUGUGAAGACAUGAAGGCUGACAUCAUGUUUCUGGUGGACAGUUCUUGGAGUAUAGGAAAUGAAAAUUUUAGGAAAAUGAAAAUCUUCAUGAAAAACCUGUUAACUAAGAUUCAAAUUGGUGCAGACAAAACCCAGAUUGGCGUUGUUCAGUUCAGUGAUACAACUAAGGAAGAGUUCCAGCUCAAUAGAUACUUUACACGGCAAGAAAUUUCUGAUGCAAUAGAUAGAAUGUCUCUCAUCAAUAAAGGCACUUUAACUGGAAAGGCACUAAAUUUUGUAGGUCAAUACUUCACCCACUCCAAGGGGGCCCGUUUGGGGGCCAAAAAGUUUCUCAUCCUCAUCACAGAUGGAGUAGCUCGGGAUGAUGUGAGAGAUCCUGCUAGAAUUCUUCGGGGCAAAGAUGUGACCAUCUUCUCUGUAGGAGUAUACAAUGCCAAUAGAUCUCAGCUAGAAGAGAUCAGUGGGGAUGGCAGCCUAGUUUUUCACGUUGAGAACUUCGAUCAUCUGAAGGCACUAGAAAGGAAACUUGUCUUUCGUGUGUGUGCUCUCCAUGAUUGUAAAAGGAUUACAGGACUAGACGUUGUGUUUGUGCUGGAUCAUUCAGGUAGUAUAAAAAAACAAUAUCAAGAUCACAUGAUUAACCUAACUAUCCAUCUGGUGAAGAAAGCAGAUGUUGGCAGAAACGGAGUUCAGUUUGGAGCCCUCAAAUACUCUGACCAACCUAACAUCCUUUUCUACCUUAAUACGUACUCGAACAGAUCAGCAAUAAUUGAAAAUCUGAGGAUGCGCAGGGACACUGGAGGGAGCACCUACACUGCCAAGGCUCUCAAGCAUGCAAAUGCCCUGUUUACAGAGGAGCAUGGCAGCCGCAUCAAGGAAAAUGUGAAGCAGAUGCUGAUUGUCAUCACUGAUGGGAAAUCUCAUGACCAUGAUCAGCUCAAUGACACAGCAUCAGAACUGAGAGACAAGGGCAUCACCAUCCUUGCAGUGGGUGUAGGAAAGGCCAACCAAAAGGAACUUGAGGGUAUGGCAGGGAAUAAAAACAAUACUAUCUAUGUAGAUAAUUUUGAUAAACUGAAAGAUGUUUUCACACUUGUUCAAGAAAGUAUGUGUACUGAAGCACCAGAAGUCUGUAGUCUUCAGAAAGCUGAUGUGAUUUUCCUUUGCGAUGGCUCUGACAGGGUAUCUAAUUCAGAUUUUGUUACCAUGACAACCUUCUUGUCAGACUUAAUUGAUAAUUUUGACAUUCAAUCUCAAAGAAUGAAAAUUGGUAUGGCUCAAUUUGGAAGCAACUACCAGAGUAUUAUUGAGUUGAAAAACUCUCUGACUAAAACCCAGUGGAAGAAUCAAAUUCAGAAUGUCUCCAAGAGCAGUGGGUUUCCGAGAAUUGACUUUGCCCUUAAAAAAGUGAGAAACAUGUUUAAUUUAUAUGCUGGUGGGAGAAGAAAUGCUGGUGUCCCCCAAACUUUGGUUGUUAUCACAUCUGGAGAUCCUCACUAUAAUGUGGCAGGUGCAGUAAAAACCCUGAAGGACCUUGGAAUUUGUGUCCUGGUUUUGGGCAUAGGAGAUGUUUCUAAGGAAUGGCUUCUGCCAAUAACAGGCAAUUCUGAAAAAAUAAUCACUUUUCAAGACUUUGAUAAGUUAAAGAAUGUGGACGUGAGAAAAAGGAUCGUCCGUGAAAUUUGCCAGAGCUGCGGGAAAACCAAUUGCUUUAUGGACAUAGUGGUUGGGUUCGACAUAUCCACUAUGUGCAAGGGCAGCCUUUGUUCCAGGGGCCACCCCCAGCUGGAAUCCUACCUCCCAGGCAUCUUAGAAAGACAUCAGCUCUAUCAGGGGGUGAGCUGUGGGGCUGGCACAGAGGUGCAGGUGAGUUUGGCGUUUAAGGUGAACAAUGACCAAGAAUUCCCUGCCAAGUUCCAGAUCUAUCAGAAAGCAGUGUUUGACAGCUUGCUGCAAGUCAACGUCACUGGGCCAACUCAUCUGAAUGCACAGUUCUUCUUCAGAUUGAGCCGGAAGCUCAAUGCAGAAGUUGAGAGACUUGAUGCUCUACUGGUAGUGUCGCUUAACACAACUGCUCAUCAUGAGUUUUCUAGCUUUGAAUUUGGAAAAGGAUUCAAUUACCAGACUCAUCUGACUAUUGGAAUGAGAGAGCUGGGCAAAAAACUAUCACAGUACCUGGGAAACAUUGCAGAAAGGACUUGCUGCUAUACAUUCUGCAAAUGUCCAGGAAUUCCAGGACCUCAUGGGACCCGAGGACCACAAGCCAUGAAGGGUUCUCAAGGUCUGAAAGGCAGCAAAGGACACAGGGGAGAGGACGGAGACCCCGGAGUACGAGGAGACGCAGGACCCCAAGGAGAUAGAGGGAUUGCAGGAUGUCCAGGGGAGCAGGGUGAGAAGGGACCCAGAGGAUUUUCUGGACCUAAGGGAGGACAUGGAGACGAUGGGAUUGAUGGACUUGAUGGGGAAGAGGGCUCUCAUGGAUUUCCUGGAAUAAAAGGAGAAAAAGGUGAUCCAGGAUCUCAGGGCAGCCCAGGUUCCAGAGGUGCCCCUGGGCAGUAUGGAGAGAAGGGCUUCCCAGGAGAUCCAGGUAAUCCAGGACAAAACAGUAACAUCAAAGGACAAAAGGGCUCCAAAGGAGAACAAGGAAGACAAGGUAGAACUGGACAGAAAGGGGUGCAAGGCAGUCCUAGUUCCACAGGAAGCAGGGGAAGAGAAGGUCGAAGGGGACUCCAAGGUGUCUCAGGAGAACCAGGAAAUCCUGGACCUACAGGCACUUUGGGAGCUGAAGGAUUACAAGGCCCACAGGGGUCACAGGGAAAUCCUGGCAGGAAAGGAGAAAAAGGAAGCCAGGGGCACAAAGGACCUCAGGGUUCUCCUGGGCUAAUGGGAGCCAAAGGGAGCACUGGAAGACCUGGACUUUUGGGGAAAAAAGGAGAGCCUGGACUUCUUGGAGAUCCAGGGCCAGUGGGGCAAACUGGGCAGCGAGGAAGACAGGGAGAUUCUGGCAUCCCAGGCUAUGGUCAGAUGGGACAAAAAGGAAUAAAGGGCCCAAGAGGAUUCCCUGGAGAUGUGGGGCAGAAGGGUGAUAUUGGUGAUCCUGGAAUUCCUGGGGGACCUGGACCCAAAGGAUUUAGGGGACUAGCACUCACUGUAGGCUUGAGAGGUGAAGAGGGAUCUCAAGGACUCCCAGGCCCUCCUGGACAGAGAGGCAUUAAAGGCAUGACAGGGCAGCCCGUAUAUUCUCAAUGUGAUCUGAUCCGGUUUUUACGGGAACGUAGUCCUUGCUGGAAAGAAAAAUGUCCAGUAUAUCCAACAGAGUUAGUAUUUGCUCUGGACAAUUCCUAUGAUGUCACAGAAAAGAGCUUUAAUAAAACACGGGACAUCAUCACUUCUAUUGUCAAUGACCUUAACAUCAGGGAAAAUAAUUGUCUUGUGGGAGCAAGAGUUGCCGUGGUUUCCUACAACUCAGACACCAGCUAUCUCAUCCGUUGGUCUGACUACAAUAGGAAGAAGCAACUCCUCCAACAGCUUUCCCAAAUAAAAUAUCAAGACACCACAGAGCCCCGAGAUGUUGGUAAUGCAAUGAGGUUUGUGGCCCGCAACGUGUUCAAACGGACAUAUGCAGAAGCCAACAUGAGGAGAGUUGCUGUGUUUUUUAGCAAUGGUCAAAUGGCCGGUAGGUCGUCCAUCAUCACAGCCACCAUGGAGUUUAGUGCCCUGGAUAUCAGUCCAACAGUCUUUGCUUUUGAUGAGAGAGUUUUCUUUGAAGCUUUUGGGUUUGACAACACUGGAACAUUUCAGGUGAUUCCAGUUCCUCCAAAUGGGGAAAAUCAAACAUUAGAAAGACUUCGGCGCUGUACACUUUGCUAUGUAUUAUGUGCCUACCGACCAUCGCUGCUUUCACAAAAGCCUCCCGUGCCUUUGUUGCCUAGUGCCUGGAGAAGUACUGGCGACAUUGAAAUUUUUCUAUUAAUUUUUAAAUUAUUGGAGAUCAAAGAGAUAAAUGUUUUGCAAAUGUUGCAUUCAAGCUUGUCUUAUCUGAGAUUUGCUUUACAUAUGUUGAGCCUUUUCGCUGAUAACAAUUCUCGGAAUAUAGCAAAGGAUGAGUUUAAGGCUGUGAAAGCCUUGGUGAGCUCAGUGAUUGACAACUUCAACAUUGCUUCAGACCCUUUAAUCUCAGACUCUGGUGAUAGGAUUGCCUUAUUGAGCUAUUCUCCUUGGGAAAGUUCCAGGACAAAGAUGGGUACAGUAAAAACAGAGUUUGAUUUUAUCACUUAUAACAACCAACUCCUAAUGAAGAAUCACAUCCAGACUUCCUUCCAACAGCUAAAUGGAGAAGCCACAAUUGGUGAUGCCCUAAUGUGGACCACUGAAAAUCUCUUUCCAGGAACACCCUAUCGAAGAAAACACAAGGUCAUCUUUGUGGUCUCAGCUGGAGAAAAUUAUGAGAGAAAAGAAUUUGUAAAAAUGAUGGCUUUGAGGGCUAAGUGUCAAGGCUAUGUCAUAUUUGUGAUUUCUCUGGGCCCUACACGUAAGGAUGACAUGGAGGAGUUAGCCAGCUACCCACUUGAUCAGCACCUGAUACAGCUUGGGAGAAUACAUAAACCAGAUCUGAAUUAUAUUCUGAAGUUCUUAAAGCCAUUUUUAUACUCAGUCAGGCGGGGAUUCAAUCAGUACCCACCACCAAUGCUUGAGGAUGCCUGUAGUCUCAUCAGUUUAGGAGAGAAUGAUCGAAAUGAUGGUUUCCAAUUUACUACUGAGCUACAAGAGGAUUUUUCAGGAGAGAAUGACUUCAUUGGCCAAGAAUUAAAUUUUGGGAGAGAAUCAUCUUUUGUAAAGAUAGAGGACAAUGGAAGGGACUAUUUGGUUUACCUUCAAAGCCAAAUGUUUGAGCCACAAAAAUUAAUGAUCAAUUAUGAAAAAGAUAAAAAAUCUGCAGAAAUUGCAAGUCUCACUUCUGGACAUGAAAAUUAUGGCAGAAAAGAAGAAUCAGAUCAUACUAAUGAACCUGGAGAUGUCUCUCUUCAAGAAUAUUACAUGGAUGUGGCUUUCCUUAUAGAUGCUUCCCAAAGAGUAGGAAGUGAUGAGUUUAAGGAAGUAAAAGCUUUUAUAACCUCAGUGCUUGAUUACUUUCACAUCGCCCCCGAUCCACUGACCUCCACCUUAGGAGACAGGGUUGCUGUUCUGAGCUACUCUCCCCCAGGCUAUAUGCCUAACACUGAAGAUUGCCCUGUCUACCUGGAAUUUGAUUUGGUUACUUAUAACAGUAUACACCAAAUGAAACAUCAUCUCCAAGACUCUCAACAGCUCAAUGGAGAUGUUUUUAUUGGCCAUGCCUUGCAGUGGACAAUUGACAAUGUCUUUGUAGGAACCCCCAAUCUGAGGAAAAACAAAGUUAUCUUUGUGGUAUCUGCUGGUGAAACCAACCCUUUAGACAAAGAAGUCUUAAGGAACGUGUCUCUGAGAGCCAAGUGUCAAGGCUACUCCAUAUUUGUGUUUUCCUUUGGCCCUAAACACAAUGACAAAGAAUUGGAAGAAUUAGCCAGCCACCCUCUGGAUCAUCACUUGGUCCAACUUGGCCGAACCCACAAGCCAGAUUGGAACUAUAUCAUCAAGUUUGUCAAGCCAUUUGUCCAUUUAAUCAGACGUGCCAUCAACAAAUAUCCCACCAAAGAUAUGAAAGCCACAUGUGUUAACAUGACCUCUCCCAACCCAGAGAACGGUGGCACAGAAAACACUGUAUUACUUAUUCCUGGGAUAUAUGAAAUAAAGACAGAAAAUGGUGAGCUGUUUGAUGAAUUUGAUUCCCAGGUGCAACAUUUCCUUGUAUUAGGGAACAAUCACAGUAAUGGUUCUGGGACAGCUACUGAUUUGAUGCAGAAGUUAUACCUGCUCUUUUCAACUGAGAAAUUGGCAAUGAAAGACAAGGAAAAAGCACAUUUAGAAGAAAUUUCAGCUCUAGUGGUUGAUAAACAGCAAGAAAAAGAAGAUGGUGAAGACACAAGGUCAUCAUAGGAGAAAAGAAGAUAGCUCCACUGACAUGUAUAAUCCCAUGUGGUUCUAACCAGAAUGUAUAAUCAUCUAUUAGAGGUAGUGGUAAACGACAGGGACUUUUCACAAAAACAAUUGGCUAAUAGCAUGCUAAAUUUAUUCUCCAUCCCAAAUCUGAGGAGAAGCAUUUUCUGAGUGAAGACAUCAGUAAGAAGACCUGACAAACCCGGAGUGAUUUCAUUUCUCCUGAGAACUGGGGAAACCUACCUAUAAGAGUUAACUUUUCUUUGAAAGCUCUGCACAGUUCAGGCAUCGAUUUUGAUGAUGUAUCUGUCUGAAAAAGAUUGUCAUUAUUUUCCUUACAUCUGUAUCUCAGAUUGGACUCCCCUAAAAGCAUUUAGAAUUGGAAUUUCCUAGGAAUAUCUUCUACUCAUUCUUAAAACUGGAAAGCCACGCCCAUGUCGUUGGUUCUGGGAUGAACCUAACAUUUCAUCUAGCAGUGAUUGUCCUCUAAAACCCACCUGUCAGGAUACUAUCACCCAUAGUUAAUGUUUGCUCUUCACAAGGACAUUAACAAAAGAAUGGAACUGGUGAAAUAGAAAAAAGUGAUAAGAGGCUAAUUUUAUGAACCUCUAUUUUGUGCUAUAAUCUUUUGUUUAUAUUUUAGAAUGCUUUGCUUUGUGUAUACUGAAUGUUUGCAGCAAAAGAAUUAUGGAAAAGCAGAUACUCUAUGUGACCAGAGAUGUUCUUGGGAAUUAUAAUGUAGCAAGAGAUAAUUGCUAAAAUAAAAACAAGUCUGACUUGGAA